UGUGCAGGUGUGGCAGGACAAGGUUAGAAUCCACAAUUUGUGAGCCCAAUGUUCUGAGCUUGUCCCUCCAUUUGAUUGUCCUGACUUCCAGUGGGAUGUACAGCAGAAAUUUUACAAAACCUCAGGGGAAAUGCACGUCUGUUUCUAAUGGAAAUGGCAGGAGGUGAGGUGCAAUAGGCUGCAUCCCUGAUGUAAGCAAAGGAGCAGAUCUGCAACAGCUCUGCCAGUGGUGACUCUAAUUUGCCUCUGAGUGCAAAUGGGCUGCAUACAGACAGCAAGAUGGGAAAUCCUACUACUCUCCAAGAAGUCUUCUCCAGGAUUGUGCAGGAUGCGACUUCAGACCAUUUUUCCGUGCUGGGAACUUUGUUAACAUCUUUUGGGACACAGGUCCCCAUGCACCCAUCUAGGCUGCACCAGCACAAAAUUAGACCAACACAGCUGCAAGUGGGAGUGAUUGAGAGCGCCCGUGGUUAUUCUCAGGGACUAGCAUGUACGAGCAGUAAUUCCUCUCUGCUGAAGCCCAGGGGACUCACACAAGCUUUCUUCGGGCUUGUGCAGCUGACUGCAAGGACCUGUGGCCAACACGCUGCUGCAGGACCCACAGGGACACCCAUCUGCUGGUACCGGUGUGUCCUGACUGCUGACCCCACGCUGUCUCCCCUGGCUGAUGGCAGAGAUGUUGCUGGUUGCACAGGAAUGUGGAGAGCUGCCAGUGCUGGGUCCUGUUCCAGGUUUCAAGAAAGGAGUGUGCCGUGCCUCUUACAGGCUGUUCCUCAUCUGCUUAUCCCCUCCGAGUUGAAGAUUUUUCCCCAGAAGGCCUCUCCAAGCUCCCAACAGCCUUUCAUGGUGGAGACACCAGCUAGACCCAUGGAGGAGCUGCCACCAGCACUGACCCCAGGAUGGCUGCAGCAGACCGUGCUGGGAGAGAUCCUCAGAAAUGGAGAGUGA